CAAGGAACCAAGGAAGAUCGUCAACACCAACCCCUAAAUCAUUGCUCCAAUUUUCUCCCUUCCUCUCAUUGGCUCCACUAUUAUACUUUACUAAGAUCAAAAUCUCACCUUCAAUGGCGUAAAACUCAAAUUCAAGAUUCUUGCGUGCCCAACAUAACCGGAACACACCAAGAAACUUGAAUUUGAUUCUAUUUCUAAUUUUCUACAAUUCUUCAGAAAAUCAUGGAAGGAAAGAACAGCCACACGCAGUGAGUGUGAAAUUGCGCGUUUUAUGAACACAACACUAUAAGUGUAUGAAGAAGAGUAGUCGAAGAGAGAUUAUUAAUCUUAGACGACAACCUGGGAAAACACGGGGAGCUGCUGUUGGACGGAAUCUUCGACUGCUUCCAUGAGAUCACGGCGGCUCUUAGGAUGACCACCGAUAACGCUUAUCGUGUUGAUACCACGUCACGCCUCGCUCAAUGGCGUAUCGACAAUUUGGCUUCGUGUACUUAUCGUAAAUCUGAUCCUUUCAAGAUCGGGAAAUGGAACUGGCGAUUGGUUAUUGAAAAGAAUCGUAAUUUGUACAUUAAAUUGUACCCAGAGAUAUCGGGUUUAACUAAAGAAACCCCUCCAAUAGCUUCCUUCAUCAUUCGAGUGGUUUCUUCUUUAGGAGGUCGAAAAGCUUUAGUUCAUCCAGAAAUCAGAGAUAAACAGCUUAAAACUAGCGACGAUUUUGUUUGGGCACUUGAAGUUCCACUUACAGGCAAAUUCAUCAUCGAUCUUGAGUUUCUUGACCUUAAAACCGCAUCUACAAACGGUGGUGAAUCUUGCUCUGUUUGGACGGAAGGUUUAACACAAAAGGAUUUAAGAUCAACCGCGAUUUCCUCCCUUGGAAAAAUGUUAUCUGAAAGCAUCCACACAGAUAUCAUCAUCCAUGCUUCAGAUGGAAGCAUGGGGGCCCACCGGGCAGUACUGGCUGCCCGGUCGCCUGUCUUCCAAAGCAUGUUCUCCCAUGACCUAAAAGAAAAAGAAAUGUCCGCCAUAAACAUUUCCGACAUGUCCAUUGAAGCUUGCCAAGCUUUUUUGAGUUACAUUUAUGGUAACAUUGAAGAACAAGACUUUCUUGUUCAUAGACUCCAUCUUCUUAGAGCAGCUGAUAAGUAUGAUGUUGUGGAUUUAAAGGAAGCAUGCCAUGAAAGCUUAUUGGAAGAUAUUGAUACAAAUAAUGUUCUUGAGAGGCUUCAAAUUGCUUCUUUAUAUCGUCUUGAAAAGCUGAAGAUUUGCUGCAUGCAGUAUCUUGUGAGGUUUGGGAAGAUAUUUGACAUUUUAGAGGAAUUUGAUGCGUUUAUAAAAACUGCAGACAGAGAACUCAUAGCUGAAGUGUUUAAUGAAAUUCUUUCUGUCUGGAAAGGUUUCUGAAUCAAGAUAUACAUAUAUGUAGCGUUAUUAUUAUUAUUACUAUUGCUAAGUUAAUUAUUUGUUGCAUCUGUUGAUUUAUGAAAUUGGGUGUGCCCAAAGAUUUGUUUUGUACAUAAUUUGUUUUGAUUUAAAGUUUAUUAAACUAUGUACUUGUACACAACAGUUUGUUCAAUUAAAAGAAUAUACUUGAAAAAUUGCGUUUA